GCCGGUGUCGGGAGCCCGGGGGGCUGCGGAAGGGAGCGGAGCGGAGUGAGGCUGAUCUAGUCCUGUCCGGUCCGGUUGUACGUGUCCCUGUCCCGCCCUGCCGUGCCCCAGCCUGAGGGGAGGGAGCCGCGGCCCCGGGAGCGCCCUGCCCGCCGUGAGGCGCUGAGGGAAGGGGGCCCUGCCCUGCGGCCCCCGGGCACAGAAUGGCCAUCGCGGCGGUUACCGAGGCGGAAACACGGCUCUGUGGGAACUGCAAAAAGGACAUCCCUGCUGUUAACUUCAUCAUCCAUGAAAUCCACUGUAGCAGGAAUAUUGAAGUGUGCUGUUACUGCAGUGAAUCCAUCCCGAAGGCUGAAAUGAAGAACCACAUUGAGUCUGAGCACGUGCAGGUUACCUGCAAGUGUAGGAUGAAGAUGGAAAACAGUCUCCUGAAGGAUCAUGAGGCGUCAGCGUGCCCUCUGCGUCCUGCCCUCUGCCAGUACUGUGACAUACAGCUUACAUUCAAGGAGCUGCUGGACCAUGAAGUUUAUUGUGGGGCCAGGACUGAGCUGUGUGGAGGGUGCGGUCGUAACAUCAUGGUGAAAGAUCUCCGAGAGCAUCCUCGAGUCUGUGGGCAGGAGGUGAAGCAAGUGAGAGGAAGCAGAGCAGUGCCUCGCUAUGAGGAUGAGGAUGCAGUGUUGCGUGCCCUUCGAGGUGUCAGAAGGCAACUUGGAUCAGAGAAUGAACUGGAGCAGCUGGGGAGAAAUGAAAGCACUCGUUCUGCACCCGACGAGGAGUGGAACCCUGACCUGGACUACGCGUUGGCUCUCAGCCUCCAGAAUGAGGAUCAUCAGCCCAAGAGCACUGCAGCUGAAAUUCCCAGUGACUUGUGGGAAAACUGCUACACCAAAGAGUCUGUGUCAUCUGCCUAUCGUAGUGAUAGGGAUGAGUUGGAUACCUUCUGUGACUCUUUCGUGCCUUCUAGCAUGUCAAACCAUGGUAAAAAUGAGAUCAUCAUGUUGCCGUGUGAGUUUUGUGAGGAGCUCUACCCUGCUGAGGACCUGAUUCUUCACCAGACAGGUUGUAACCCAGCAAGUGCCUUUGCCUCGUUCAGUAAAAGAAGCUCUUCUCCGAAUCCAUGGGAAUACGAUGGUCUGCGUGCUGGUGGGUCCAAGGGCUUUGGGCCUCUCUCCUCAUCUCAGCCCCAAGAUGUCCAGGCAGAGGAAGACAUUAUCAUUCCCUGUGAAUUUUGUGGCAUCCAGCUGGAAGAGGAGACACUCUUCCAUCAUCAGCACCACUGUGACCUGCGCCCAGCCAGCCCUGCCACCACCUUUCCAUCUUGGCAGCCACCAUCUCCACAGGCCAGCAGAGAGAGAAGAGGAUCAGCAGAGUUGGCUCGGAGACGGGCCCGGCACCAAGGAGAUGUUUCUGCUUGGAGCACAGGCAGCUUUCGGCAGCAGGAACUGAGCUGUCCUGCACGAGGGGCCACAUCCAGGAGUAGCGCAGCACACGCCAGGAACGUGCCCCUGGCCUCUUCCAUGAGAGCUGGAGAUGCUCCUGCCUCCAGAGGGAAGCCCAGGAAGGCAUCUGGCAAUGAGGGGAGGCCGAGGAACAGAGACACAGGCGAGCCUGCGUGUGGGAUAACACCACGUGUGAGACCUGCUCAGAACUGCCAUUCAGAAGGCUUCACAUCCAACCUCAGAGCUUCUCCAAGGACCAGCAAUGGAGGAGGAAGGAGUCCUGGGGCAUGGGAGCGUCCAGGCAGCCUCAGGUGCAGGAACACCAAGGCCAAAGCCCGGAGCCCAGCACGUGGACAGCCGGAGGAGCAGAGACCCACCACCAAUGGCAAGCAUGUUUAGCUCUACACAGUUACUCCACCCUCUACUACUACUCUGAGCGCAAGUAAACUCCUCUACUGCCGUGUCAAUGAAGGCUUUCUAUGAAUUUAAAUUUUUAUAGGCAGUGUUUUAUAUAUAUAUAUAGCUGUAUUUUUGACAGUGUAUUACAGGCUUUCACUGCUGUGCUCUGCACUGCACCCCAGCCCAAGGCAGCAACAUGGGCAGCACCCAUGGGGGCUCUUUGUGCUACCCAGUGAAGGAGUUUUUGCCAUUCAAGGCUGGGGGCUCAGCUGGGUCCUUUAGAGGGCAGGCUCUGGCUGUCACUGCACAGUGGGGUCAGGGGUGGAACCCCAGGGGUUGGCUCACUGCAUCCCCUGCACCAGCCCCUGAUGCUCUGUCUUGUGUCUGCCUGAGGAGCCUUGCCCUGGGUGCUCGCUGGGGGCACAGGGAGGGGGUUCUGUGUGUCCCAGGCCAAGCCCUAAGCCUGUGGGGUCUUUGCAAAUGCUUUCCCCUGCUCUGUUAGUCCAGGCUUUUACAAUUCCUUGUAAUAAAGUUUAUCUUUACAAUUCCUUGUAAUAAAGUUUAUCUGAUGCU